GCCAAAAUAAGAUCCUAGUGAGGACCAUAGGAGUGCAGUGGGUUCUAGGAGAGCAGCGAGCAGCAAGAGGAAGCGAGUGGGGUGGCUUGUUUGCACAGCGAUCAGCUGCUGAAAUGGCCCCCAAAGUAAUGGACCUGAUCUAUUGGCGGGAUGUGAGGAAGACAGGGCUGGUGUUCACAGGGCUGGUGAUAGGCCUGGCCAGCCUGUUCCAGCUCAGUUCCGUCACCAUGCUGUCCUACCUGUGUAUGGCCAUCAUGUGUCUCACCUUCCCCCUACGCCUCUACUACAAACUUCUAGAGCUGAUACGCAAGAACCCUGAAGGAGUGCACCCCUUUCAGUCUUAUAUAGGAGACGACAGCUCUCUGACAGAUGAGGAGACCGUGUUGGUGGUGGAGAAGGUGGUGCUAAUGAUUGCCUUCGCCGUCACAGAGAUCAAACGCCUGCUCUUCAUCGACAGCAUCAUGGACUCCAUCAAGUUUGUGGUGCUGCUGUAUGUGUUGACCUAUAUGGGCAUCACAACCAAUGGCCUGACCCUGGUGAUAGUUGGUGUCAUGUGUGUUUUCUCUCUUCCUCUAUUCUACAAACAAAUGCAGGGGCGAGUGAAGAGGAUUAGCAAAGUGGUCAGUGGCCUCCUGAGGAAAAUCAAAAACAUGUUUAAGAUGUUGUACAGUAAACUGAGACCCUCUCCUGCAACUACACCUGCCACAACCCCCACUCCCACCCCGGCCCCAAAACACAAACACAAGUCAAAGUGAUGAGAAAGAGAAAGGAGGAUCUACGGGAAAAGGGGGGGGGGGGUUCUUUGGGAGGCUACUGGUGUUUUUAUAUUUCCAUUUCCCCAUUGUGGUGUCUGUGAAUGGAAGCAAGAUUUCAGAUCGAGUGUUUGGUCUUGGUACAUAUAGGCCUACUGAAGAUGUUUACAGACAAAUGCAUACUUUUUCGUCAUGAAUAUUGUUCUAGAGGCACUAGCUGACAGCCACAAAGUCAUAAAAUCUGAUUUUAAACCUAACCCUAACCUUAACCACACUGCUAACCCUAAUGCCUAACACUAAUUUUAGUUUUCAUUAUUUUUUUACAAUGAAUUAUAUCCAAUUAUGACUUUACAGCUGGCCUAUCCAAGAGGAAAUCGCUCAGUUAUGCCUCCAGGUCAAGACUCAUGACAAUAAACGUCAACCUGCAUUUUUAUACGGCAGGGAAUUUUUUUUAUUUUUAUUUUUUCAUUUAAAUCUAAAAGACAACUAGCUUGCCUUGUCAUGAGUCAAGUUUUUUAUUUUUAUACCACAUAACACUUGCCAUCUUAAGAAAACACAAGGUGAAUACUGGCUAUCUAACCACAUGCCCUAUAUUGUCAUUUACUUUGAGAGUACACUCAAAGUGUGAGAAUGGGUACUUACUCAAAGUAAGUGUGAGAAUAGGUGAAUGGGUACUUACUAAAAAGUGGUUAACCUUUUCUUGAUUUUUGUUUAAAUUGUUGAAUACAUUUUGAAUAAAUGUUUGACAAUUU